GGUGUAGCGUGCCUGCACAGGGUGAAGCGAGCAGGGGAGGGCUGAGGGCCGGGGCUGAGCGGCCCCAGCACACACAUCCAACUUCCCUUUCUCUCUCUGGACAGGAAGGUGGUAGUGGCCCAGCAGCUGGACGGCAGUGACCCCUCAGGGUGGGAGCCAGUUCUCGGAAGAGACAUGGGCAUCGACUUGGAUUGCUGGGGGGCCUUUUUCCUCUGCCUAUGCUUCAUGACUUCUCAGAGUGAGACAAUGGAGACAUCCCAAGAACCCCUGCUCUGGAUGGAGAAACUGGAGGUGAUGUCCAGAAGCCGCAACUCGACUUCUCUUGCUGACCUCAUCCGGGGCCUGGAGUACAGGCUGUUGAACGCCAGCUUCGGGGGCAGCAACUUGACCUUGCAGACGCCCACCAUCCAGUCACUGAUCUUCAAGCUGGGCUGCAACUUCACAGGCCUGUCACUGAGCAGCACCACCUUGGAGCGGGUCCCCCAGGUCUCACAUGCCAUGCAGUUCCCGGCCGAGCUGACCCAGGACGCCUGCAGGACCCCCCAGAGGGAGCUGCGUCUCAUCUGCGUCUACUUCUUCACGGACUACUUUUUCCAGAAUAUCAACUCAUCUCUGCUCAAUAACUAUGUCUUGGGAGCCCAGCUGGGUCAUGGACACGUGAGCAACCUCAGCGAGCCGAUCAACAUCAGCUUCUGGCACAACCAAAGCCUGGAAGGCCACACGGUGACCUGUGUCUUCUGGAAGGAAGGAGCCAGCGAACACUACUGGGGGCUCUGGAGCCCCGAGGGCUGUCGCACAGAGAAGCCCUCACCUUCCCAGGUGCUCUGCCGCUGCAAUCACCUCAGCUACUUUGCUGUUCUCAUGCAACUGUCCCUGGCCCCAGUCCCAAUAGAGCUGCUGGCGCCUCUCACGUACAUCUCCCUGGUGGGCUGUAGCAUCUCCAUCGUGGCCUCACUUCUCACUACCCUGCUGCACUGCCAAGCCAGGAAGCAGGGUGACUCCAUAACACGCAUCCACAUGAACCUGCAUGCCUCCGUGCUGCUCCUGAAUGUCGCCUUCCUGCUGAGUUCUGAGCUGGCCAUGCCCCCCGAGUCCGGGGCAGCAUGCACAGCGCUGGCCGCCCUCCUGCACUUUGCUCUGCUCAGCUGCCUCACCUGGAUGGCCAUCGAAGGUUUCAACCUCUACCUCCUCCUUGGGCGCGUCUACAACAUCUACAUCCGCCGAUACUUGCUCAAGCUCUGUGCGGUGGGCUGGGGAGUCCCGGCCCUCCUGGUGCUGUUCCUUCUUGUUGUCAAGAGCUCAGUGUAUGGACCCCACACAAUUCCACUCUCCGACAGCCAGGGAAAUGGCACGGGCUUCCGGAACAUGUCCAUAUGCUGGGUACGGAACCCCUGGGUGCACAACAUCUUGGUCAUGGGCUACGGUGGCCUCACGUCCCUCUUUAACCUGGUGGUGCUGGUCUGGGCGCUGCGGGUCUUGCAUCGGCUACGGGCCCGGGACAAGGUGCUGAACACGCGGGCCUGCCGGGACAGCUUCACGGUGCUGGGCCUCACCGUGCUGCUGGGCACCACUUGGACCUUGGCUUUCUUUUCCUUUGGCGUCUUCCUGCUGCCCCAGCUCUUCCUCUUCACCACCUUCAACUCACUCUACGGUUUCUUCCUCUUCCUGUGGUUCUGCUCCCACAGGUGUCGCUCCGAGGCAGAGGUGGAGGCAGAGAUGGAGGCGUUCAGCUCCUCCCAGACGAUGCUGUAGGCUGGGCCUCCUCGCCCAGAAGCUGUGGCCUCUCAGGCCGCCUGCAGCCCGAGACUCCGGCCUCCCCCAGAGAAGGUGGCAGGCCAGCUGCUGGGCACCAGAGGCCACUGCGGCCUCCAGGGAGGCUUCUCAACCUCCACGGCUUCCCCAGGCCCAGAGCGCUGGGUGUUGCUCUGCCUCCCCUCGCUUCCUGGGGAUAGGAGGGCAGAGCCUCUUCCCCCUCCACCUGAGCCAGCUGGGCCCGGGGCCUGGCCAUAUGAUAAUUGGGUAGGUUUGAAUUGCCCCUGGUAGGUGUGAGGGUAUGGAGUCCAAACCCAAGCUCAGGCUCCCGUUGUAGAGAAUCACCAUCGCCCUUGACCUCUCUGUCCGGCCCAGAGGGAGAAGGCUCCUGCAGCCACCUCCAUUCCCAGGCUGCACACCAGGGGGAGCUCUGGGCCCGUGCUCGGAAGUCAUUGGCUCCCAAAUCCGAUCUGGAAAUACUGUCACCUGUCCGGGGACGUGACACCAGAUGGAGGGGCCCUGCUUCCAGGACUGCUCCUGCUGAGUGACUGAAGAGAGGAUUCCCGCCCUGUUUACACAGCCACUUCUCUCUUCCCGACGCAGCUGUUCGCUCUGGCUCUUGGGGUCUUGGGCAUAUGGGGCACUAGAAUGGGUGGGCGCAGGGAGGCUCUCGGGGCCCCGCUCCAGGCCGCCAGACAGGUAAUAAUGACUUUGGAUGGCACGGUGAGGGUACUGGAGCCGGAUCCCUUUUCUCCUGGGGGGAUCCUCUGCCCUCUGUUCAUUCCCUGAUGCAGAGAGCCCUUUGCCCGCUGGUGAGGGCCGGAGGCUCUGGAGCUGGACUGCCUGGGCUCAAAUGGCCUUGCCACUUGCUAGCUAUGUGACUGUGGACAAGCCACUCAAGCCUUCUGUGCCUUAGUCUUCCCAUCUGUAAAAUAGGGGCAGUCGUGGUGCCUAUUUUGAAGACGAAAAAAAGAAUCCAAAGAAAGAGGCUUAGCAAGUAGAAAGUGCUCAAUAAAUAAUUAUUAUUGUUAU